GCCAAAUUUUAAACGUAAAAUUAUAAAGCUAAAAUUUCAAUAUAUUUUUUUAAAUUGUUGUUUUCUUUAGUACAAAAAUCUUUGCAAUGCAUUUAAAAACUAUACUAAUCUUUUGUUCAUUAUGUUUAUUUACUGACACAAUGAGCGACGGACUUAAUGCACUCCACAUACAAUCUUUCCAAGUAUUGACACGAAAUUUUAAUGAUAAUGAAACAGUAAAAAAAGUUUUUAAGUAUUUUAAUAUCGAUAAAGAGUAUGAAUAUAACUCUGAAGAUAGUACAUACGUAAGAGCUUUCAAGAUGCUAGAAUUUGUGGUUGGAGUUAAAAAGUUGGGCCAUCACGAUUAUUUUGCAACACUGAAUGAAUAUAUGUUCAAAGAAAUCUCAACUAAAUUUCAUGAACUUGACUUGAACAAUGAUGGUGUUAUAAAAGGUAGUGAAUAUAUGGAAAUUGUUACAUUAUAUGGCCACUUUGUUAAUAGAGGUAAUUUGAUUGAAGAUUGGAAGAAAAACGUUAACCCUGACUAUUUUUACGAGUUAAGCGAUGUACUGCUCGACUUAUUACAAUACAUCGCAAAUAAUACUAAUAAAAGUUAUUUGAAAAUUUAUUGGAUAUGCGUUGACAUAUUUAUUGAAAAUAUCAAAAAGGAUGUUAGUCCAAAUGACAUAUAUGCACAAGAUGGGAUGAAGUUGAUUGAUUUUUAUUUUGGACCUUAUAAUGGAUAUUCUUCAUUUACGUACACACCUUAUAAUAAAUAAACUCUUUCGUCUGUUUUUUAAUACAUAUUCAUAAUAAUCCACUAAUGUUGUUAUAUGUUUUAAUGUACAUUAGAAUUUAUAUUUCAUAUAAUCAAAAUGUAAUUUUAAAUGUAAAAUAAAAUUCUAAUACUGUA